UUGCUCGAGCCACAUUGCGAGCAGUUCGAAUCGAGAGGCUGCCGAUUGAUUGCGAUGGCUUCGACGGCAAAAGCGGUGGUGGAGUCGCUGUACGAGGCUCUGUUGAGGGGCGACGCGGGGGCGGCGGCGGCGCUGCUGGCGGAGGACGUGGAGUGGUGGUUCCACGGGCCACGGCGGUGCCAGUACAUGCGGCGCACGCUGACGGGUGAAGCUGGUCCGCGCGACUUCCGGUUCCGGCCGCGGCGAGUGGCGGAGGUCGGCCGCUGGGUGGUGGCGGAGGGGUGGGAGGGUAAGCACGCAUACUGGGUCCAUGCCUGGGCCGUCGACGUCGCCACCGCUCGCAUCAUCCGGUUUCGGGAGUACUUCAACACCUCCGUCACGGUGCAGGAGGUGGCGCAGCCGAGUGAGGCCGGGAUCAGCUCCGGCGGUGGGGUGGGAGGAUCGGCGGUCUGGCGGAGCCAGGCAGGGCCCAACGCCGGCGGACGCUCACUCCCGGGCCUUGUUCUCGCCAUUUGAAUUAUCAGCCCUAACUAAUCAAUUUUUGGGCCCGGCCCAACAAUUAAUUAGUUUUGAACAAUUUUUAUUUAAAAAAAAAAAAGCCUCGUCACAUCAAGUUUGUGUCAAUAUCCAAAUAUUGCGUGGUGUUUGUAUAAAUUUAAAAUUUAAAAAAAAAGUUUUUUG